AGCCAACCACAGCGAAAAACGGCUGCAGUUGAGAAACUGGGUCUUCUGCAAACACUGCCCAGACGUCAUCACCAAUCCCGUCCGCAACAGUAGAGAGUUGGAGACACCGCACCAUUCAGAUCAUUUUUUACCACGACGAUCAGCGAUAAGCUCUCCCCCAGUCCGCUAAGGAACCAGCUUCGAUUGGCACGACAAAAAAGAAAGUCAGAGGGAGGAAUAAGCAACAAACGAUACCCUCUCCCGUCAAUCACCACAAUCCAUAGCUGUUUUCGGAUUGGACGCUUGAUUGGAAAACACAGCCGAGACCUCGUGUCUCAUCACAGCGCCCACCACUCAGGUGAAAAGACAACAAAAUGGCGGACACGACGGCGCCCAUCGAGACAACGCCUCUCUUAUUAAACAGUUCAUCCACCUCCUCUGUCGAGCCCCCUUCAUCCCCCGAGUCUGCCACCCGCCCUCCAAAACCACAGCGCAAUGUCACCUUCAAUCCAAACCCUGUCUCCAAGACGAUCGAGCCGGAGCAGCAAUACCACACCCGGAUAAGAACAGCAGGCAAUCACCAACACCACCAACAUCAACCGCCCUUAUCGCCCUCCAGCCCCUCGGCCAUCAGCACCGGCGGGCUCGGCGGUGGCCCGCCUAUGUUGUCCGCCCUAAACAAUAAACUCCGCCGGCGCAAUAGUCAUGGGGGCGGAGGACCCAGCGGUGUACUUCCCGUGGCGGGCGCACCAGGACAUCACCUACCCAAGAUUGGCCCUCAACGUACCACGAAGAACGCUCAGAAGCUCAAGUUGCUGCCGACCCCGGAGUUAGAAGAAGAUGGAGCGGAUGAGGAAAGUGGCAGGGAGGUGUACUCGCAGUACACUCGCAUCAAAGACCCAACUGCCCGCAGAGAUGCCGCCCGUCUCGGCAAGGCCGACCGCCAGACACUGCCCAGGGUCACAGCCUACUGCACGGCGAACAGAUACCAGAUGGAUGGGCUUAUGAGGUUCCUUAAAGGGAAGGGCAAAGGACGCGGCGCAAACCCGAAGCUGAUCGACGAGUGCAUCUACUCGCCAUACAGCUAUAGCUCCAAACAAGUCGAGCUCUCCCGGCAGGAACAAAUAAUCCAAGUCCACUCCACCCCUGAACGACGACACUCCACUGGCGAAGUUCCCGGAGCAGACGGCGAGGGCUUCCAUCAGCAAAAUCUGAUGGACCUCAGAAACGAGGCCGCAGAAGUGUAUGCUUCCGAACAAUACGGUAACGGUCCCCACCAAAGCGUCGACGACCUACAGCAACUGGGUGAAAGCGUGGUGGCAACAGAAGGUGGUGACCGUCUUCAACCAGUCGACUUUGACAUCACCGUCCACACCCCAGAGGUCUUCUUCUUCAACUAUGGUGUGGUGGUAAUAUGGGGCAUGUCAGCAAGUCAGGAGCAGAGGUUCCUGAAGGAGAUCACCAAAUUCGAGCUAGAGAAGCUUGGCCCCAACGACGUGGAAACAGAAAAGUUUAACUUUUACUACACGCACGAGUAUCAGCCGCGGAUAUACAACGAUUUUAUCACGCUGAGAGACAAGAGCAAUUACAUGACCAAGCUGGCCAUCUCGCAUGCCCUAGCCCAAAGUGUCAAGACCUCCCUCUUUGAAGAACUCAUCGCCUCCACAAUCGAAGACUGCAAAGACAUACCCUCCCAGCUCGCCCUUACUGGCAAGAUUGACCUUUCUCGUAGACAGAUCAACAUGCAGAUUGGCGAGUUGUUUAUUUUGCGGAUUGGUGUGCACCUGAAUGGGUCGGUGCUGGACACCCCGGAGCUGUUCUGGGUCGAGCCGCAGCUGGAGCCGGUGUAUCAGGCGGUGAGGAGUUAUCUAGAGAUGGACCAGAGGGUGGGGUUGCUGACGGAGAGGUUGGAUGUGAUUGCGGAUUUGCUGGCGGUGCUGAAGGAUCAGUUGAGUCAUGGGCACGGGGAGAAGCUGGAGUGGAUUGUUAUUGUGUUGAUCGCGGCGGAGAUUGUGGUGGCGUUGGUGAAUAUCAUUGUGGAUUUGUAUGUGGGUAUUGAUUAAUAGAAUCCCACAGAGGGGUAAUAUAAAUAGGUAGAGAAGCGUGGGUGUGAAAGAGG